AUGGAGGAAGCAAUAGGUUUAAACAUAGAAGGAGUGAGGAAGAAAAUUCAUCAUGGAGGAACAGGGGAGCUACCGAAAUUUAUCGGCGGAUCAAAGGUAACUUUUCAUUUUCAAACCUUAAAAUGUGACAGCGACAGAACAGUGAUUGACGACAGCAAGAAAAUUGGGGUCCCUAUGGAAAUAGUUAUUGGGAACAUGUUUAAGCUGGAGGUCUGGGAGGUUCUGCUCACUUCUAUGAGGAUUGGUGAAGUGGCUGAAUUCUGGUGUGAUGUCACACAUACUGGUUUGUACCCAAUUGUUGCCAAAAGUUUACGACGUAUAGCAGAAGGAAAGGACCCAACAGACUGGCACAUGCACACAUGUGGGCUGGCGAACAUGUUUGCCUACCAUACGUUGGGUUAUGAAGAUCUGGAUGAGCUGCAAAAAGAGCCACAACCUUUAAUAUUUGUCAUUGAACUCUUAAAGGUAAAUUCAUUCAUUUUAUCUGCAUCCUUUGCCUCCCCUGCUGUGGUGUGGGACUCAUCAACUUCUCCUGAUCCCACUAUGUACUCGGAUAUGCUGUGGGCGUCCCGGAAUCCCAUAUUACUGAACACGUCUGCUACCCAGAAGUGUCUGCUAUAUCAGUCUCAACGUGUGUUUGAGGAGGCAUCUCGGGAUUGGUUGGAUGAACCUUUCACUGCGGAGGAGCUGCAGGCUGCAAUGUCUUCCCUAAAAGCUGGCAAGACGCCUGGCCUGGAUGGAUUCCCAGUUGAGUUUUAUAAAACCCAUGUAGAGGGAAUUGCUCCACGCUUACUUAACACUCUGCUGGAGGCCUUGAGGGCAGGUGCUCUUCCCUCCUCAAUGAUGGAGGCUAUUAUUGUAGUAGUGCCCAAGCCUGGUAAGGAUCCUGAUCAGUGCUCUUCUUACCACCCAAUCUCGCUGUGA